GAAAUUCAGAAGUUAGAUCACCCCCUCUCAUAUCAUUGUUUACCAUGGCUAUUCAGCCUCGCAUGCUGCCUUCUUCCUCCCAUCCUCAGGCGCAAAGGAUUCGGACAGGAAUCAAUGAUUGGCUGGCCGAGUACUGGCCCUUCCCAUCUGGGAUUCCCGUGGAGAAGAUUCUAGCUAAGCACGACCUUGGAGGCCUCGCCGUCUGGUGUGUCCCGACUGGCGAUGCCGAUCGGUUAAUCUGGGCGGGUCGCCUCUGCGGCCUCAUAUUGCUGGCCGACGAUUACAUCGAUAACGACAAGGAUCUCAGUAGAAUUCCGUUCAUGAAGACCGCCAUAGAAGGCCUUGAGCCGGCGGCAGCCGCCGCACCUGAUCCGGCCACAGCAUCGCUAAAUAUCACCUGGCGAGCUGUUCGGAUGUUGUCGUCCCGGCAAGAAUUCAUCUGGAACGUGAAACUAACGAAAGCCUGGUUUGACACGCAUUACGAACCCCCGACCACAACGCUGGAGGAUUAUCUCAUGGCUCGUCGUGCAAACAUCGGAGUGCAUAUGUUUCUCAAUUGGGUUCGCUGGGCACUCGAUUUUGACUUCGAUGAUAGCAUUCUCACCCAUCCGCUUUUUUGUAACGCCGAGGAUAUGGUUGCUGAUCAUAGCGGGCUAACGAACGACUACUAUUCCUAUGAGAAGGAGAAGGAUUUCGAGUCCGACGGGAUGAAUGUUGUUCGGGUUCUCAUGGACCGCGAAAAUCUUGACGUUGCCGCCGCACGCCAACGCGUCCAUAUGUUGCUCCUCGAGAAAGAGCAACAGUUUUGGCUUGCGGCCGAGGCGGUCAUGACGGACCCCGUUCUCGGCCAAAACACCAAAGUAUGUACCUACAUGAUCAAUCUUGCUCACGUUAUGGGCGGAAACAUCAGCUGGUCGGAAGAGAACGGAAGAUACAAUCUCACCGGUGUAUUGGGUUAUGAAUCGUUGCGCAAUCACGUGGAUGAAAUGCCGACGGCAUGCUUUGUCCCACUUCCCAUUUGAUACAGUCUACUGAAAUGGACA